GUUCUUCGAAACAGUGCGAAACUCUUUGGUUGUAUAAAAAACGCCUCGAAUCCUGCAAAUCGCUUACACAUACCUUUUUCAUUCCUGAUCCUCCAACCACACUGCAGUCUCAUUCACCCGUCUUACAUUCCUAUCACAUCUUUGCUUAAGGGGUGGCUGCAUCCAGGGACUUACCCCUCACUCUACAUUGUCUUAUAUAAACAACGUGAUAAAGAAUCCUUUCUCACCAUGUUGUCAAAACCCCUACCUCCUCUUCUCACAAUAAAAACAACAUCUCUUGUACCCCCGACAAAUCUCAUAGCCGUCUCUACAAAUACAUAUAGUUCCGGUACUAGCACACAAUCAUCAAGCUCAGAAUCCGCAACGACGUUAUCAGCUAUUUCAGCAGUAGCUAAAUCGGCGCUCCCAAUUUCGAGAGCGGGAUUAUCAAGGAAGAUGUCGGAGUUGGCGACUACGGGGAAGGGAGAGGCGAAGGAGUUUGAUUAUAUUGUUAUUGGGGGUGGAAGUGGUGGAAGUGGGACGGCGAGGAGAGCGGCGGGACCAAGGGAAAAAGGGGGGUGGGGAAAGAACGUUUUGCUGGUGGAGGAGGGGAAAAGCGGUGGGACUUGUGUUAAUGUUGGCUGCGUCCCCAAAAAACACACUUGGAAUUUCUCUUCCAUGGCUGAAGCCCUCCGUGCUAGCCAAUACUACGGCUAUGAAACUACCUCCAAUAUCCCCUUCAACUACGCCGCUUUUAAAGCGAAACGCGAUGCAAACAUCGCCAGUCUAAACCGUAGUUACGAAACUAACUGGGCACGCGAGGGAAUAACUCUCGUUCGUGGAACCGCCAAAUUCGUCGCUUCAAAAACCAUUACUGUGGAAUUGGAAGAUGGAAGUGGUGUUGAAACAUUCAAAUCUGAACACAUCUGUGUAGCUACCGGCGGCAAACCCAUUGUGCCGAAGAUUCCCGGCGCCCAUUUUGGUAUCACUAGUGAUGGGUUCUUUGGACUUGAGGAAUUGCCUAAGAAAAUUGCUGUGGUGGGAGCAGGAUAUAUAGCAGUUGAGAUGGCGGGAAUGUUGAAUGCUAUUGGUGGGAUUGAAGUCCAUUUGUUUAUACGCGGAGAGAAGAUAUUGCGAAAAUUCGAUCCUAUGAUUUCGGAGACGAUGACGAGGACAUACGAGGAAGCGGGAGUUAUCAUUCAUAGAGGAUAUAAGGGGUUUGCGAGAGUGGAAAUGUGGAGUGGGAAGAAGAAGAGUGAGGAGAAGGUGUUGAAUCUGAGGUGGGAUGGGGAUGAUGGGAAAGGUUUGAUGGUUAAUGAAGUGCUUUGGGCGGUGGGGAGGAGUCCAGAGACGGAGGGGUUAAAUUUAGGGGCUGUGGGAGUGCUGACGGAUGAUAAGGGGUACAUUCGGGUAGAUGGAUUUCAGAACACCAAUGUGGAAGGGAUUUACGGUUUGGGAGAUGUGACGGGUCAGAUGGAACUUACACCUGUCGCCAUAGCAGCUGGUCGACAGCUCUCCAACCGACUUUUCGGGCCCUCUCAAUUUUCUCAGUCCGCACUCUCCUACUCGCUCAUCCCAACCGUCGUCUUUGCCCACCCUGAGGUCGGUACUAUCGGUCUUACAGAACCAGAAGCUCUCCAAAAAUAUGGAGCUGGCAAUCUUAAAAUUUAUCAUACGAAGUUCGCAGCUAUGUUUUAUGAUUUCUUUCCGCCAGAAGAGAAGAAAGGUAUACCAACUGAGUUUAAGAUCAUCUGCGAGGGUGAGGAAGAGAAGAUCGUGGGAUUGCAUUUGAUAGGACUUGGGGUUGGAGAGAUGUUGCAGGGGUUUGCGGUGGCAGUUAAGAUGGGGGCCAGGAAGAGAGACUUUGAUGCUUGUGUGGCCAUUCAUCCAACAAGUGCGGAAGAGAUUGUUACGAUGAAAUAGAGAAUGGUGGAAAAUGGGAGUGAUAUGGUGACAUGGAAUGGUGGGCAUAACUGAUUUAUGGCUGGGUGGAUGGAUUGGAUGGUUGGAUGGAUUGGAAAAGGUAAUAGGUGGCAAAUUGAACAAAGCAAAUGGGAUAGGCAUGUUGUGAACGAAAUCGGUGCAACGAAGCUCUGGUCAUGGGAAUCUGGGCAUCAUGAUAAUGAAUUAUAGACUGUUUUCUUUCUGAGCUUGAGCCUGCCA